CUCUUUCUCCCCCCGCCCCUCUUUUACCGCCUUUCGUUUCCUCUCUACGAGCCAGCAACGCGCGCUUUUAGGGAGCUUUCCACCACCAGGACGGUGCACACUCCGCUCUUCGAUAAGGAACUAUGAAGGCAGGACGCGAUCGCGAGUAUCGCAUUAAGGUAGUCGAUUGGCGCGACUUGCUCUAAACUCGCCCCGAGAACAGGAUCAGUGGUGACCGAUCGCUGCAAGCUGGACUAUCCGGCAAGUAGAAGUGGCUGGUCAUUGCGCGAACGCGAUCGAACGAAUCGGCGAACGCCGAUAGUGAUUUUAUUUCAACAAAAGUCUUUUUUAAACGCACGUGAAAAUACAUUUGCUGCUUAUUAAUAUUCGUUUAUCAAUCGUUCGGCGCGUCUAUUUGUUAUUAUAUAUAUCGCAUGUGUUGAAAGAGUGCAUCGAGAGAAUCGUGCGAAUUAAAAGAUUCUGACGACAAUUUUGUCGCCGCUUCUCGCUGAUCGCGGAUCCAUCGCGAAUUCUCCGGCAACGUGGAGCGCGUGGUGGAAGAAUGCACGACCGAUUCGUGAUAACGCGGAUACGAUCCGCGAUAACCGGGCUGUUGCUACUCUCGGUGACAGCGCACUGUGACGGUCUACAAUAUCAAGCUCUCGACUCUUAUGUAAACGGGGAGGAGUGCGCCUUGAUCCUGGACUCGCGUGGAAGAACCAGCGUUUACGACUACACCUAUAAUUUACUUCGUGGAUCGUUUCCCACCGGAGGAGCUCAAACCUGCAUCACGUACGACGCGGUAAAUCAUGCCUACGCCGAAGCGAGAAAGCGCAUCAACGUCGCGAGGCCAAAGUCGGAGAUGUGGCGACCGGAGGACUUGGCCACAGUCGGCGAGCUGCUUCUCGAUAUCAGCUCGAAUCUCGCGCACACGUACGGACUAAGUUUUGAGGAAAUCGAGAAGAGUUUGCCGCUAAUCGACACUUCGAAAACGUUAAUUCGCGAGAUCUGUCCCGCUUUUCUCAGCAACGUGGAAUGUCGACCGGGCAAAUAUCGAAGAUACGACGGUCUCUGCACGAACUUGGAGAAUCCAACAUGGGGAUCCACUCUGUCGCCUUUCGCGAGGUUGAUGAAUCCUCGAUUCGCAGACGGCCUCUCCGCGCCAAGGAUAUCUAUAUCAGGUCACGAUCUACCGCUGUCUCGAGUCGUGUCGCGCACCAUGCACCCGGACGAGGGUUACCACGAUCACGCCGGUACAGUUAUGAUAAUCGCGUGGGGACAAUUCAUGGACCACGAUUACACUCUGACCGCCACGCCUCUAGAUCCCUUGAACCGAAACGACCCGGAAGAGUGCUGUACCCGACCGCCGCACCUAAAGAAUCCUUACUGCAACGAGAUCCUCGUACCGGACGACGACUAUUUCUACCGAUUGUUCAACGUACGUUGCAUGGACUUCGUUCGCGCUUUUCCCGCCGUUCGACCUGGUUGCCGUCUCGGUUCCCGAGUGCCUUUCAAUCUUCUUACAGGUGUACUGGACGGUAACACCGUUUACGGCAUCACGGAAACUUUUGCUAGGAAACUCCGAACGGGCUACGGCGGAUUAUUGCGAAUGAAUCCAGUCUUUUCCGAGUACGGCCUCAAAGAUUUGUUACCGCUAAAGUUGGAUAUACCGGACGAAGGAUGCACUCGACCAAAUCGAACCAUGUACUGCUUCGAAGCUGGCGAGAUUCGCGUGAACGAACAGCUGGUGCUCACUUGCAUGCACACGCUGCUAGCGCGAGAGCAUAAUCGGAUCGCCAAAGAGUUGAUCGUCUUGAAUCCACACUGGGACGACGAGAUUCUCUUCCAAGAAACUAGACGCAUUGUCAUCGCGGAAAUUCAACAUAUCACCUACAACGAGUUUCUGCCGAUAUUACUCGGCAAAGACGUCAUGGAGAAAUUUGGACUUCUUCUCGAGAAGGAGAAUUACUGGGAUGGACACGAUCCGAGCAUAAAUCCAGGCGUAAUUGACGCCUUUGCUGCUGCCGCUUUUAGAUUCGGCCACUCGCUAUUGCCCACGGCUGUGGAACGGUGGAGCAAAGCGCACAAAUUUAUUGCUUCGAAGAGACUGUCAGACUUGAUUAGACGACCUUACGAUCUCUAUCGCGCUGGUGUGUUCGACGAGUACCUCAUGGGCUUGAUGAAUCAAGUUGCCCAAGCUAUGGAUGAUUCCAUAACGCAAGAAGUGACGAAUCACCUGUUUAAGAAAGCGGGAGCGAAAUACGGACUGGACUUGGUGUCUUUCAAUAUGCAACGCGGUCGUGAAUUCGGUAUUCCAAGUUACAUGGAAUUCAGAAAAUACUGCGGUCUUCCGGAAGCAAAUACUUUUGACGAACUGUUCGGUUCUAUGCCAAACGAGACUGUCAGGCGUUACAGCACUAUCUUCGAACAUCCAGCGGACGUCGAUUUAUGGUCGGGCGGUGUGUCCGAGAGACCGCUUCCGGGCAGCAUGCUCGGGCCAACCUUCGCAUGUUUGAUCGCCACGCAGUUCAGUCACUCGCGUCGCGGCGACAGAUUCUGGUACGAGCUGCCGAACCAGCCGUCGUCCUUCACUCUUGAACAAUUGAACGAGAUUCGCAAGGCGAAGCUUGCCAGAAUGAUCUGCGACAACACCGAUCUGAUCGACACAGUGCAAAUCUAUCCGAUGGUCCUUCCCGAUCAUGAAAUAAAUCCCCGAGUCCCUUGUCGAAGCGGUAUUCUACCCGGGAUUGACUUGUCGAAAUGGGCCGAAUACCCGACGACGAGUCACGCCGCACAAUACCGAUGGGUGGAGGAGCAAUUGCUUGACGUGCCGGGACGUCCGGUGAAACCGGCGAGCAUGGUGCGGGAGCACUACGACAGACGGCAAGCUUACCGAAUCUUCUUUGAGAAUGUUAAUGGCAUUGCUUCGUAUCUGGGAUUCACGAGAAAAUAGCCGCAGUGCACCGCGGGGGACAGAAAUUACGUCCGAACCGUAUGCCCUGCCUGUGUGUGUACGUCUCUCAUUACUGCGCUCUAGAGACACUAUCUCAAAAGUGCAUUACAAACGUGAAAAAGAAAUUACAUUCAGCAUUUUAGUAGCAACGAACUGAGUUAUCGAAAUGAUAAAUCGUUAUUUUUCUACUUUUGUUACUUUUAGUCUAUUCUCAAUGCGUAGUAAUAAUUAUGACUGUAUCACGAAGCUUCUUCAAGCUUCUUUACCAGAUGCGUAAACGCAUCAUGUUACGAAAUAUGAGCGUAUACUUACGUGUUCGCUUUAUUUUCCAAGUGGCAUACUAUCUAAUCAUUGUUUCAGCGAUAGAGUUGCAGAUAAAUAAAUGUGUGUAGAUAUUAAGAGAAACUAUGCAAUAUUGUUUAUAUAUCAGUUAUUGCUUCAGGUAUUAUUGUAAUGAGCCGGAUGUAAAUAUUCACGGUGGCUCAAAAAUUUGCACGACUCAUUACGGAUCUAUAUACGACCGAAAUGUAAUGUUUUCUAGUGUAAUAAUGUAGUUUGUGUACCGUCAUUUUUGUACAGCAAAUACA